GCUGCUCUUUAUCUGCCACAAACUACUGCAUGAUCAUGUCUCAAAAUACCGAAGCCUCACAGACCGCCCAAGAAUUCAUUGCGAGCCAACUUCAACUCGAAGCCGACGCGCGUGAAGCUCUUCCUUAUCAAUUCGAUACUUGCACAAAACCUCUCGGUCCACUCAGGCAGGCCAUCUUUGCUUGCCUGACAUGCAAUCCUCCUCCCACAUCAGACAACAAAUCACAUACUCCGGCUGCUGUCUGCUACUCGUGCAGCAUCUCUUGUCACGGCGAACAUGAACUGGUCGAGCUCUUCACCAAACGCAACUUCGUCUGCGAUUGCGGCACCACCAGAAUACCCUCGUCACCAUGUACACUCCGUCUUAACGAGUCCACCAGUCAGAAGGGUGACGUGACUGGCGAGACUCCUGCAGAGACCAACAAGUAUAACCACAACUUUGCUGGCCGCUUCUGUGCAUGUGACGAUCAAUACGACCCGGAGAAAGAGAAGGGAACCAUGUUCCAAUGCUUGGGCUUGGGCACUGUAGAAGACGGUGGUUGUGGUGAAGACUGGUGGCACCCUGAGUGUCUGAUGGGCUUGCCGAGACCUCAACCUACCGAAACUACUCCCAAGGAAGACAAGGAAGAGACAAAGCAGCCCAACAUUGAAGGUCAAGAAGAGACAGCACAGCCUUCCGACAUUCAGGAAGAAGUCGACGAGGCACCCCUACCGCCAGGCUUCCCUGCCGAGGAUGACUUCGACCAUCUCAUCUGCUACAAAUGCGUAAACUCAUUCCCCUGGAUCAAACAGUACGCCAGCCAACAAGGCUUCCUGGGUCCCGUUUACCACAAGCAGCCAUCUGAGAGCAAUGAGGUGAAAUCUGAGGAGAAGCCUACACAAGACGCAAGCCUGUCGUCAUCAGAGACCAACAAGAAGAGAAGUGCCGAGGACGGCUCAGAAGAGUCCGCGUCUAAGAAGACAAAGGUCGAAACCGGGGGUGUCGUCGCGGAGACAACUACCCCUUCAACCACCACACCUGCUGAAGACACUCCUCUGCACACCAAACUCCCAUCAGCUCCAACCGGCACUUUCUCCCUCUUCCUCAAAGAAGACUUCCGCAACCACUUCUGCCGCUGCCCCUCCUGCUUCCCCAACCUAAAGCCUCAUGCCCAACUCCUUGAGGAGGAAGAAGCCUACGAACCACCCGUCUCCGAAAGCGACGACGAAGAAGCACAAAACGGACGUGGCAGUGUUGGUUCAGGAAGCACAUACGAACGCGGCGAAGCUCUACUCAGCAACAUGGAUCGUGUCAAAGCCAUUGAAGGUGUCAUGGUCUAUAACCAUUUGCGCGACAAGGUCAAGACUUUCCUGCAGCCUUUUGCUGAGAGCGGUCGACCUGUUGGAGCUGAGGAUAUCAAGGCUUACUUUGAGAAGCUGAGAGGUGAUGAGGAGGGUAUCAGACUUGCUGGUGCUGGGGCUGGUGCCGCGGAUGAGAGUCAGGAGGGCAGUCAGUAGACAUGCAUUCUCUAUGAAAUCUGGGGCUGGAAGGGAAAGGGAAGGCAAGGAUAAGUGAAAGAUACGACGCUAUGGUAGAUAGUCUCGAAAAAGAGAACAGUAAUCUACUUGACGAAAGGAAUCCUAAUCUUGACCAU